ACAAUGACAGAGGAAGCAUGCAGGACACGAAGUCAGAAACGAGCGUUAGAACGUGAGAUAACGCAUAACGAUGUGGACAGUAAAAAAAUAAAAAUGGAGAAAGGACUAUUAGGAACAGAUAUAAAUGCUGAAGGCGACAUGAAAAUAAAAACAGAUCCUGGAGCUGGAAAAGUGCAAGGAUUAUUAAAAAGCGGAGAGGUGAAAGCAACCAUUAAAGUGGAGGUUCAGACGGGAGAUGAGCCUGUGGACAUGAGUACCUCAAAAAGUGAAAUAAAGAGAGAAAAGAGAGUCCCCUCACCGGAUGUUAUAGUGUUAUCUGACAAUGAACCUUCUAGCCCUAGAAUGAAUGGUUUAACAAAAAUAGCAUUAAAAGAGACCAACACGGAGGCGCUCAUGAAAAGCAGUCCAGAGGAGCGUGAGAGAAUGAUUAAACAACUAAAAGAAGAGUUACGGUUAGAAGAAGCAAAGCUUGUUUUAUUGAAAAAGUUACGGCAAAGUCAAAUCCAGAAGGAGACCACUACUCAGAAGCCUGCUGGUUCCUCUGGGAGUGCUGUGGCCACCCCUCCGCCCUUGGUGCGGGGACCGCAGAGCGUUCCUGCUGGCAAGCCGUCCCUCCAGACCUCUUCUACACGUAUACCAGGCACUGUUAUUCCUCCUCCCUUGGUCCGCGGAGGGCAGCAGGCUUCUUCAAAACUGGGAACUCAGCAAAACACGCAGAUAGUAAUGCCACCUCUUGUCAGAGGAGCGCAGCAAAUCCACAACAUCCGACAGCACUCCAGCACGGGGCCGCCUCCGCUGCUGCUGGCGCCGCGCGCAUCGGUCCCCAGCGUACAAAUUCAGGGGCAGCGAAUUAUCCAGCAGGGGCUGAUCCGCGUCGCCAACGUCCCCAACACCAGCCUGCUUGUCAACAUCCCGCAGGCUUCACCAACUUCAAUCAAAGGUACAACCGUGACAUCCGCUCAGGCUAACGCUACUACGACCAGCGCCGCUUCCAUCGUCAACUCCAACGACUCGCCGGCCAGCCGGCAAGCCGCCGCCAAGCUCGCCUUGCGGAAGCAGCUGGAGAAGACGCUGUUGGAGAUCCCUCCUCCCAAGCCGCCUGCACCAGAGAUGAACUUCCUGCCAAGUGCAGCUAAUAACGAAUUCAUUUACUUGGUCGGGUUGGAAGAAGUUGUGCAGAAUUUGCUGGAAACUCAAGGUAAAGUUUCGGUUGCUGUAUCAUCUCGCGAGCCCUAUAUGUGUGCUCAGUGUAAGACUGACUUCACCUGCCGUUGGAGGGAGGAGAAGAACGGAACCAUUAUGUGUGAAACCUGCAUGACAUCAAAUCAGAAAAAGGCCUUGAAAGCCGAGCACACUAACCGACUGAAGGCUGCCUUCGUAAAAGCACUGCAGCAAGAGCAGGAGAUUGAGCAAAGGAUACUGCAACAGACUGCGUCUCCUGUACAGACCAAGUCAGACCCCAUAGUGCAGCACCACUCGCUCAAGCAGACUUCUAGCCAGAUGUCUCGAGGUCCUCCUGGAGCUCCGCGAGGAGUGUUGCAUGCAUUUAGCCAGUCACCCAAGUUGCAGAAUGCAUCGUCUGCAGCAGCACUUGGGAGUAGGCCAGGUAAGCAUGCUGAGAGACCUGUCAGCAAGGGCAGCGCUGCCGCCUGGAAGAAGACUCCCAUCAAUACAGGUGGGGCUUUACCUUUUGUUAAUCCUAGUUUAGCUGUGCACAAGUCGUCUUCAGCAGUAGACCGCCAGCGUGAAUAUCUCCUGGAUAUGAUUCCCCCACGGUCCAUCCCACAGUCCGCCACGUGGAAAUAAUGCAGAGGAAUGCCCGAGAGGAAGACUUUUCCUGUUUCUGCCAUCCUUUUUAUACCACAUUACAGUGGAAUCUGCUUUAAUCCCAGCUGGAUAUGCCCCAGGCUUUAUAGGAUGCAAGAAGACCACUCCUCAUCCCAUCGAGUGCUGCUGUCCCUGCUAUGAGAAAAUGACACCACGUGGGUGGGAAAGACUUAAGCUCAUUUGGUUAUCAGAUUCUUAUGAUUGACUGAUGAUGAAGGCUGUCAGGGAAGGGGAAGAAUUCUUUUUUUUUUUUUUUUUUUUUUCCCCCCCCCCGGCUUUAUGUAUUUAGUUCGGAUUUUUUUUGUCACCAGCACAAAAGGAGGACUAAACGACUCUCUGCCUUCGGUUUCUUUAUUAAUAAGUACCCGUUCACCAGGAACAUGGUGUUCGUUCACGAUCGAGCGUGGAUGUCAGUUCAAGGAGAGAGGAAUUUCAGCCCGAUCUUGCAGAUGCAUUUAGCGAGCCGAGUUCACGUUUGCUUUUCUUCCCUGCCCCUCCUCCAGCCAGGAAGGCAGUCUACAGAUUAUAAUGUUUCAAAAUCUUCUGAUGAUGAGCUAAUGAUAAAUAAGUGCAAACUCAAAUUCCAGUUGAGUAUGGUUUUUUUUUCUAAGGGACUGGCUGCCACCAAAACUUGUCUGGUAGGUGGGAAGCAGUGCAGGAGUCUCACUUUUGUUGGAUUCUGUUUUGAAUAGACUUUGAACUGUUGGUAGUCUAAAAUCUAAUUUACUGAAUAGACAGACACCUUUGCGCAGUCUUUCUAAUUCAGCGAAGAGCAGUUGGGCCUUUCAUACGUUCCCAGAGACUUAAAAGUGAAACUGUUU